UGAGCUCGCUGUCGGUGUUGUGCUUCGGGAAUCUUGUUAAAUAUAUCAGGACGACUUUUAGAUGUUUCCAGACAAAAUGUUUCAUUUUGUUCCAGGAAAAGCGAACUCUAAUGUUAGCGGUACUCGGGAAGAAUGUUCAGGUCCGUGUGUCCAACGAUAUCGCAGGCUCGGGACAGGCGCUGCUGUUUACAUCCGGGUACUGUUGCUCUGGACAACCAUCUUGACGCUCGGGGAGCUAAUCCUGCAGUUCUAAACUACAUUUUUCUAUUGAAGUGGGAAAAAAUUAGUCAGAAUGCCGCCAAAGAAGAAAGGAGGAAAAGGAAAGGGCAAAGGUAAAGGAAAAGGAAAAGGAAAGGGAAAAGGAAAAGGGAAAGGAAAGAAGGGAGGAAAGGCACCAACUGUCAUUGAUGGCAUUGCAACUGAAGAGAUGUCAAAAGAACAGCUGGAGGAACACAUCUCCAGGCUGCGAGAAGAGUUGGACAGAGAGCGAGAAGAACGAAACUAUUUCCAACUGGAGAGAGACAAGGUCAACACCUUCUGGGAGAUCACCAAGCGUCAGUUGGAUGAGAAAAAGGCAGAGCUUCGCAACAAAGAUCGUGAGAUGGAGGAUGCUGAAGAAAGACAUCAGAUUGAAAUAAAGGUGUACAAACAGAAAGUGAAGCAUUUGUUGUAUGAGCACCAAAACAAUAUAGCAGAAUUAAAGGCUGAGGGUUCAGUGGCUUUGAAACUCGCACAAGAUGUCCACGGUGGCAAGGAGCUGGAUCUGCGUAAGGAUAAACGAGCUCUGAAGGUGGAGCUUAAGGAGCAGGAGUUAUCUCAUGAAGAGGUCAUCAAGAGCCUUAAGAAGACUCAUGAUGAGCAUGUUACAGAAUUAAGAAGUGAUUUUGAACGCAAUGCUCAUGAAAUUGAGGCAAAAUAUGAGAAAAAGAUGAGGACACUAAGAGAUGAGCUGGACCUAAGGAGGAAGACAGAAAUCCAUGAAAUUGAGGAACGCAAAAAUGGCCAGAUUAACAGCUUAAUGAAGAACCAUGAGAAAGCUUUUAGUGACAUCAAGAACUAUUAUAAUGAUAUAACACUCAACAACUUAGCCCUUAUCAACACUCUGAAGGAACAAGUUGAAGAAAUGAAAAAGAAGGAAGAGAGGAUAGAAAGGCUUAUGAGUGAUAUGCUAGCAGAAAACAGACGAUUAACAGAACCACUUCAGAAGGCUCGUGAGGAGGUUGAAGAUCUUAAGAAAGAGUUGGCAAACUAUAAUCAAACCAAAGAUUUACUUCGGAUGACGAAGGGAAGAUUAAAGGUUGCAACAGAGAAUCUUAAUGCUACCAAAUGGGAGCUUGAGGUUUUGGAGCAAAGAUUCCACAAGAUUCAGGAAGAGAGAGAUGAGCUGUAUCGGAAGUUUGUCAAGGCCAUACAGGAAGUUCAGCAGAAGAGUAGUUUCAAGAACCUCUUGCUGGAGAAGAAGUUGACAGCUUUGGCUGACAUGCUGGAGAAGAAGGAAGCACAGCUGAAUGAAGUGCUGUCAGCAUCCAACCUUGAUCCCACAGCACUUACUGUUGUCACAAGGAAACUUGAGGAUGUUCUGGAUUCCAAGAACAGUGCCAUUAAAGAUCUACAAUAUGAAUUGGCUCGUGUGUGCAAGGCUCAUAAUGACCUGCUACGUACAUAUGAGUCCAAGUUACAACAGUUUGGUGUACCCAUAGAGGAGCUUGGGUUCAAACCACUGGAGAGCACUGUUGGUGGACAGUCCCUUGGGCAGGGGCCAGCUGGUCUGGUGUCAGCUCCAACAUAGAGACUUGUUACUGUAUGGUACAGAGCUGACGAUAUUAUGUUUGUUUGUUUUUUCUUUCACAUAUUUUGAUGGUCAGAGGUGCCUGGAUUAGUUGGAAACAAUAGUAUGAAUAAUUACUACAUAUUGCAGUGCCUAAAAAAUUUGAUAAAAUUGUUUUUUAUGAUUGUUGUUAUAAGUGUAAAUAAAAGUGAAGAAAUAUAA